CCGGACGAUAUCCAUUUGCGCUCGGAUGAUAAGGAAUUCACGUCAGUUAUGUUUCCUCUCGUGGCACGGUUGGAUCGCUCACCUGUUGGUAGACGAGGCCGAGAAAUUCAACGCGAAAAGAUUAUGAAAUGUCCGACAGUACGAGUAUAAUUCUUUGGCGGCAACACGAUAGGGCCAGUAGGUGCCCGGCUGCCUCCCGCGCCGCACGCAGGUUCAACGGGUUCCUGGUACGGCCAUCCGCCAGUCGUCACGCCCUCGACGGAUACGAUUAAGCCUUUCUGGGCUGGUCAUCAAAAUUAGCUGGUGGCGAGAGCACAUACUUUGCUUGCAAGUUUAUGCUGAUGGAAACGAAAACAACGUGAAGAUAUUUUUGGCGGUGUGGGCCGCCCUGCGCGCGAUGCCCUGGGAUGGAGGGUGACGACGCCCCGCGGAUGCGCGCCCUGACGACGCUGCCGUGGGCGAUCCGGCGACGGCAUCGGCAUCGGCUGGCGGCGGCGCUGGUGCUCUGCGUCGUCGUCCUCUGUCUGUCGCACCGGCUGCUGGUGCUCGCCCUCGAAUACCGGGAAUACAUCUACGCUCUGCUGCCUGAGCCCCCGCUCCCGGUGCAGCGAAGGGAGGCGCACGUGACAAACAGCCACAGACAUCCUUCAGACAGGCCGACAAGGAUCCUUUGCUUGAUCGUGACGUCACCCAAGUACCACGCCACGCGAUCGAGUCACGUGGCGGCCACCUGGGCACGGCACUGCACUCGGGCGGUGUUCCUGAGCACCGCCGGGGACUCGCGCCUCCCUGACGUCUUCAUCACGCCCGGCGCUGCCUCCUACCAGGAGCUGUGGGGCAAGGUUACGCAAGGGUUCGAGUGGGCCUACGGGCGCCGCCAUGACUUCGACUGGGUGGUGAAGGCAGACGACGACACUUUCUUGGUCGUGGAGAACCUGCAGGCAGCUCUUCUCCGCCUCGACCCCGACCGGGCACUGGCCACGGGCGUCCAGCUGAGGACCUGGGACACCGGCUCGGUGUACCUCAACGGCGACGCUGGCUACGUGCUGAGCCGGGGAGCCGUGAGGAGUCUGGUGGAGGACGGCCUGUGGGGGCGGCGGUGCGAGGAGAACCUCAACCUCGGUGCCAAUGAGGAUGUCAACAUGGCACUGUGCCUCGCUCAUUUGGGUGUCGUAUUCCUGGACUCACGUGACUCCCUCGGGCGACAGCGGUUCCACAUGUAUCCUCCUCACGAGCUCAUUGAUCCACGCCAAGCCAACAGCAUAACGCACCUGUGGCUGAAGAGGCAGUCGGUCUUCCCUUACAAGUUUGGUUACGGUGAACUCAGUGACGAAGCGAUCAGUUUCCACUACGUUGAUGCGCGCUCCAUGUACCUUCUCUACUAUCUUGUUUACGUCGUCAACCCAAACAACCAAGUCACUCCCAUCAACCAGAUCGAGCGAGAAAGUCAGGUCGAAGGGAAUAAGCAGGUUAAGGAAAACAAGCGAGUAAACAAAUCUACGAGUGACAAGUGAAGUGAAGGAAUAGGAAAAAUGGAGAAAAAAGGAGGUUGAACUUGAAUGUGCUGGUAUGUCUUCCUUUCUUUAAAUGAAAGGGGAGAGCAAAAUCACAUACUAAAAGAAAGAAAGACGCGUAAAUAUACAAAUAUAUGACUGAAAAAAAGAAAAAAGAAAAAUACUACUG